GCAGCAGUUGUGGUGGUAUUCAACUUUGCUAUGGUUCUGCUGAUUUUUCCUGCUAUCCUGAGCAUGGACCUUUAUCGUCGGGAAGACAAGAGGUUGGAUAUAUUCUGCUGUUUUACAAGUCCGUGUGCCACUAGAGUGAUUCAGAUUGAGCCUCAAGCACAUGCAGAAAACAACGAUAAUACUUGCUACAGUUCUCCACCCCCAUACAGCAGUCACAGUUUUGCACAUGAAACUCAGAUUACAAUGCAAUCUACAGUGCAGUUGCACACAGAAUACAAUCCUCACGCGCAGGUGUACUACACCACAGCAGAGCCUUGCUCAGAAAUAUCUGUGCAGCCAGUGACAGUAACACAAGAUAAUCUCAGCUGUCAAAGCCCAGAAAGCACAAGCUCAACAAGGGAUUUGCUUUCCCAGUUCUCAGACUCCAGUAUGCAUUGCCUUGAACCACCCUAUACUCAGUGGACACUCUCGUCUUUUGCAGAAAAGCAUUAUGCUCCAUUUCUGUUGCAGGUUGUGGUUAUUUUUCUUUUUCUGGGUUUACUUGGGCUCAGUCUUUAUGGAACUACUCGAGUGAGAGAUGGACUGGAUCUCACAGACAUUAUACCACGGGAAAACUGGGAAUAUGAUUUUAUUGCUGCACAGUUCAAGUACUUCUCUUUCUACAACAUGUAUAUAGUGACGCAGAAAGCAGACUAUCCCAAUGUCCAGCACUUACUUUAUGAACUUCAUGAAAGUUUCAGCAAUGUGACACAUGUUUUGUUGGAAGAGGAUAAGCAGCUUCCCAAAAUGUGGUUGCACUACUUUCGAGACUGGCUGCAAGGGCUUCAGGAUGCAUUUGACAGUGACUGGAUAACUGGAAAAAUCACUUACAAUAAUUAUAAAAAUGGAUCUGAAGAUGCUGUUCUGGCUUACAAACUCUUGGUGCAAACUGGCAACCAAGCAAAGCCCAUUGACAUCAGACAGGUGACUAAACAGCGUCUGGUGGAUGCAGAUGGAAUCAUUAACCCAAAUGCUUUCUACAUCUACCUGACAGCCUGGGUUAGCAAUGAUCCUGUGGCUUAUGCUGCCUCACAAGCCAGCAUCCGGCCUCACUGCCCCGAAUGGGUCCAUGACAAAGCAGAAUAUAUGCUAGAAACAAGGCUGAGAAUUCCAGCAGCUGAGCCCAUAGAAUACGCUCAGUUUCCUUUCUACCUCAAUGGAUUGCGUGAAACUUCUGACUUCGUGGAAGCUAUUGAGAAAGUGAGAGCUAUCUGUAAUAACUACACCAGCUUGGGGAUUGCCAGCUACCCAAACGGUUACCCAUUUCUAUUUUGGGAGCAGUAUAUUGGACUUCGUCACUGGCUCCUCUUAUCCAUUAGUGUGGUUUUGGCUUGCACGUUUCUAGUGUGUGCCCUCUUCCUCCUGAACCCCUGGACGGCUGGGAUCAUUGUGGUGGUGCUGGCUCUGAUGACUGUGGAGCUGUUUGGCAUGAUGGGUCUAAUUGGAAUAAAGCUGAGUGCAGUGCCUGUGGUUAUCCUGAUUGCUUCUGUUGGCAUUGGUGUGGAAUUCACUGUUCAUGUUGCUUUGGCAUUUUUAACUGCCGUAGGAGACAAGAACCUAAGGGCUAUCCUUGCACUGGAGCAUAUGUUUGCACCAGUGUUGGAUGGAGCUGUGUCAACUCUGCUUGGAGUGCUCAUGCUUGCAGGAUCGGAGUUUGAUUUUAUUGUCAGGUAUUUCUUUGCUGUUUUGGCAAUUUUAACCAUUUUGGGAGUUCUCAAUGGCCUGGUACUGCUUCCUGUUCUUCUUUCACUCUUUGGACCAUACCCUGAGAUUUCUCGAGCUAGUGGACAAAACAGAUUACUCAUGCCAUCUCCUGAGCUGCCCCCAGACAUCAUCAGGUUUGUACUUCCACCUAGGCAUACAAACAACGGGUCAGAUUCCUCUGAUUCAGAAUACAGCUCUCAAACCACAGUGUCAGGCAUCAGUGAAGAGCUCCAUCAGUAUGAGGCCACCCAAGGUCCUGGGGCACCAGUCCAUCAAGUAAUAGUGGAAGCCACUGAGAAUCCUGUCUUUCCAAGAUCCACUAUGGUUGAGAGAGAGACAAGGCACCAGUUGAGUUCUAGACUGCAAUCAAAUCCAGAGGGUGGCACCCAUCAGGCCUGGCUUCAGGGCAGACACCCCAAACAGGAAUCCAGGGAAGUACAUCGACCACCUCCAUAUGGCCCUCAAAAGGAUGAUUUUGAAAUUUCCACUGAAGGGCAUUCAGGACCUAACAAUAGGGAUCACUUGGGCCACUGGGCUUGUUCUCACAAUGUGAGAAACCCAGUGUUAGGUGCUGUGGAUGCCUCAGAACUGGCAAGCAGUCAGCUUAUCACUACUGUGACUGCCUCAGCUUCAGUGACUGUUUCUGUCUGCCCUGCCAUGCACAGCCACAGCUCUCAGGGAGGGAGCUUCCUAUCCUACGAAAGGUACCAUGAAGCUGACCAUGGGCCAUUUGAGGACCCCCACAUGCCUUUUAAGGUGUGGUAUGAAAGAAGAAAUUCUAAAAUAGAAGUUAUAGAACUGCAAGAUGUUGAAUGUGAAGAAAGGAUACCUGGCAACAGCUCAGAGUAAGGGUAAUAACUGAAGUAAAUAAGAGGCCAAAGAUGGAAAACUCUAUUUCCAAAACUGCUUGAAGUUGUGGAAAAGGACAUGGUGCAUCAGGACAACAGUUCAUUGUUACUGUAACCUAUUGUAUUAUUUUGUUAAAUAUUUCUAUACAUAUUUAAAAGAUGUACACACAUGUAAUAUACAAAAAAACAAUGUAAAGUAGUAUAAUCUGGAGUCAUUUGCCUCCAGUUAGAGUGGGGACAAUAUUUUUUGUGCUCUGUACUUAUUGUACAAUGAUCUGUGCCACAGCUAAGCUUAAUCUAGUUCUAAAUUUCAGCAUAAAUUGCCGCUGCUUAAAUGUUGUAUAAUUUACUUGUAUAAUUCUAUGCAAAUAUUGCUUAUAUAAUAGAAUUUUUGGUUUUGUAAAGGUACAUGUCUGUUUAAAAUAUUUUAAAUUUGCAUAUCACAACCCUGUGAUAGUAUGAAAUGUUACUGUUAACUUUCGAACACACUAUGCGUGAUAAUUUUUU